UAGAGAUUGGACGUUCUCUAUCUACCCCUCUGUUUUUUCUUCAUCACACACCCGCGUGCGCUCACACACACUUCUUUCUCUAGCAUUUCGCUUUCUAGCUGUCUACUCAUUUUCUUCCUAGCGUUCAGUCGUCGGAGAUGUCAACCCGUGGGCGUGGACGCGGUGACGGCGGCGGCCGAGGCCGAGGCCGAGGCCAACCUCGCCGCGAUCAGCCUCCUCCUCCUUCCUCCUCCGGACGCGGCGGCGGAAGAGGUCGCGGCACUGCCGGCGGAUCAGCCCCUUACCAGGCGGCGCCUCCGCCGCAGAGACCUCCACAUUAUGCGUCUACUUCUACCCCGUCAAGCUCACAGCCGCCUCCGACGCCGUCGUCGUCUCUCAGCCAGGACGUCGAGCGGAAGCUGAUCCUGCAAUCUCCUCCUCCUACUCCGGCGGCGGCUCAGCCUUCGUCGUCCGUACAGAGACCGGCCCAGCCGCCACUGCCAGCGCAAGAUCCGGCUCAGCCGCCGUUAUCUACGAAAUCUCUGCGGCCGCCGGCGAGGCCCGGUUACGGAACUGUCGGCCGGAGAUGCAUUGUUCGUGCGAAUCAUUUUCUCGUCGAUGUUGCCGAUAGAGAUCUCCACCACUAUGACGUGACGAUCACACCUGAAGUUACCUCAAAGAAAGUCUGCAGGGAGAUAGUGAAUGCGCUUAUUGCAUCAUAUCAGGAGUCUCAUUUGGGCAAACGAUGCCCAGCUUAUGAUGGCAGGAAAAGUUUGUACACAGCAGGGCCAUUGCCUUUUGUCUCUCAGGACUUUGUCGUGAAGCUGGUUGAAAGAGAGACUACCUCAAGGAGAGAACGUGAGUUCAGGGUGGCAAUCAAAUUUGCUGCCAAAGCUGACCUCCAUCACCUGCAACAGUUCCUACAUGGCAGACAACUUGAUGUCCCCCAAGAAACUAUACAAGUUCUUGAUGUAGUUCUUAGAUCAACUCCUUCAAAUAAUUAUGCUGUUGUGGGAAGGUCAUUCUUCUCUCCCCAAUUAGGUGAUACAGGUCAUCUUGGGGAUGGUAUAGAAUAUUGGAAAGGUUACUAUCAAAGCCUUCGCCCAACACAAAUGGGUCUCUCCCUUAAUAUUGAUAUCUCAGCAAGAGCAUUUUAUGAACCCGUUCUAGUUUCUGACUUUGUUGCAACAUAUUGCAAUAUUAGAGAUUUAAGCAGGCCUCUUUCUGAUCAAGAUCGCAUUAAGGUUAAGAAAGCUCUAAAAAUGGUUAAGGUAGAACUCAUUCAUAGCGAGGAUGUUAAACGGAAAAUAUCAGGUGUAUCGGUGCAACCAACAAGUCAAUUAACGUUUACUUCUGGUGAUACGGGUACACAAACGUCAGUUGUGAAAUACUUUCGCGAGAAAUAUGAUAUCGCCCUUAAGUUCACAGCCCUGCCUGCGCUUCAAGUUGGCAGUGACUCUAGGCCUAUCUACCUACCGAUGGAGCUUUGUAAGAUUGUACCAGGGCAAAGAUAUUCAAAAAGGUUGAAUGAUAGGCAGGUGAGUGCUUUGCUAAGGGCAACCUGCCAACGUCCUAAUGAUAGAGAACGGAGCAUUAACCAGAUGGUUAAGCAUAAUAACUACAACAAUGAUAAGUUUGUCAAUGAAUUUGGGCUUCGAGUAAGGACUGAACUUACAUCCGUUGAUGCUCGUGUACUUCCAGCUCCAAUGCUUCAAUAUCAGGAUACACAAGAAACUCCACGGGUGGGGGCUUGGAACAUGAUAGACAAGAAAAUGGUUAAUGGUGGCAAGGUGGAGUUUUGGACAUGUGUCAGCUUCUCGCGGAUAAGACAAGAUGAGGUUUUUAGAUUCUGUGAGAAUUUGGUUUACAUGUGCCAGAGUAAAGGGAUGGAUUUCAAUUCGAUGCCUUUACUUGAACCCCGUUCAGCACAUCCAGCUCAAAUUGAGAAGACUCUCCUUGAAAUUCACAAACAGUCUAAUGCAAAACUUGCGAGUUCAGGGAAACUACUUCAGUUGUUGAUCAUUAUUUUGCCGGAUGCCACUGGGACUUAUGGAAGGAUUAAGCGGGUGUGUGAAACAGAGUUGGGAAUCAUCUCCCAGUGUUGUCAGCCCAAGCAAGCAUCAAAGUGCCAGAAGCAGUAUCUUGAAAAUGUUGCUCUAAAGAUCAAUGUGAAGGCUGGGGGACGGAACAAUGUGUUGUUGAAUGCUCUUCAUAAGAAAAUUCCCUAUGUAACCGAUGCGCCCACCAUAAUAUUUGGUGCUGAUGUGACGCAUCCUCAACCAGGAGAGGAUGCUAGUCCUUCUAUAGCAGCGGUGGUGGCAUCUAUGGAUUGGCCAGAGGUAACCAAGUAUAGGGGAUUGGUCUCUGCACAACCUCAUAGGGAUGAAAUUAUCAAUGAUCUCUAUAAAACUAUUCAGGAUCCUCAAAGAGGCACAGUUCAUAGCGGAAUGAUUAGGGAACUCCUAAUUGCGUUCAGGAGAUCAACUGGACAUAAACCUCAUAGAAUCAUAUUCUACAGAGACGGAGUCAGCGAAGGUCAGUUCAAUCAGGUUUUGCUAUAUGAGAUGGAUGCUAUAAGAAAGGCAUGUGUUUCAUUGGAGGAAAAUUAUCUACCACCAGUUACCUUUGUGGUAGUGCAGAAGAGACACCACACUCGCCUCUUUCCUGCCCAACAUAAUGAUCGCAAUUCAACGGACAGGAGUGGCAAUAUUUUACCAGGUACUGUUGUUGAUACAACAAUUUGCCACCCUACGGAGUUUGAUUUCUAUCUUUGCAGCCAUGCGGGUAUUCAGGGAACAAGUCGACCUGCACACUACCAUGUGCUAUAUGAUGAGAACAAAUUUACAGCAGAUGCCUUACAAUUACUGACGAAUAACUUGUGUUACACGUAUGCAAGGUGUACUCGUUCAGUCUCCAUAGUCCCUCCUGCCUAUUAUGCUCAUUUAGCAGCAUUUCGUGCACGCUACUAUAUUGAGGGUGAAACAUCGGAAAGUGAAUCAACUAGCGGUGGUCGGGCCACUAGGGAGAGGAAUGUGGAGGUUCGGCCACUUCCCUUGAUCAAAGAUAAUGUAAAAGAUGUGAUGUUCUAUUGCUGAGUCGUGUUUGGUCUUUUUUGUUUGUUUUGGUGCACUCUUGUUUUUGGAAAGUUGGCCAUAUAUUUGAGUUUCUUGUGUAAGUUAGUGAUGGUUGGGAUAGAAAUUGAGUACUGGUCCCUUUUGGCAGAACAUCAAUGUUAAUACUUUGAUCACCUAUAGUUAUAUAUGAUGGAUCAUAGAAAUUCCAUUUUCCGGGAAAA